GUCGACCACUGAGCCAUGGAGACAGCACCCACAGGAGGGUGAAAUGGGUCCUCCCGGGCAGCUCUGCAAUAAUGGAUGUGGAAAGCAGAAGUUGAGGAUGUCUGCCCUAUGAAAGAAGCUCCCAUGGAACAGCACAACCACUCAAGCCUGACUUACUUUGUACUCCUUGGCUUCCCCAAUGUGAGACAUGUCAGAGGCUGGCUUUUCGUCAUGCUGCUAUUAGCAUACCUGCUCACCAUUGGUGGAAACCUGCUCAUCUUCUUAGUCAUUCGACUGAAUGCAGCGCUGCACAAACCAAUGUACCACUUCGUCAGUGUUCUCUCCUUCUUGGAAUUGUGGUACACCGCUACCACCAUCCCUAAGAUGUUAGCUAAUCUUCUCAGUGAGAAAAAGACCAUUUCUUUUGCGGGAUGCCUCCUUCAGACCUAUUUCUUCCACUCCCUGGGGGCCUCUGAAUGUUACCUUCUGACAGCUAUGGCCUAUGACCGAUACCUGGCCAUCUGUCGGCCCCUCCACUACCCUGCUAUCAUGACCACGACACUCUGCGCUAAGAUGGCUGUGGGUUGUUGGACCUGUGGCUUCCUGUGUCCUAUUUCUGAGGUCAUUCUUGUCUCCCAGCUCCCUUUCUGUGACUACAAUGAAAUACAACACAUCUUCUGUGACUUUCCGCCUCUUCUGAGUCUGGCCUGCAAGGACACAUCCACAAAUGUCCUGGUGGACUUUGCUGUCAAUGCCUUCAUCAUCCUUAUCACCUUCUUCUUCAUCAUGGUUUCUUAUGGGAGAAUCAUUGCAGCAGUGCUGAAGAUAAAAACCGCCGCAGGAAGGAGGAAGGCCUUCUCCACGUGUGCCUCACAUCUCAUUGUGGUCCUCGUCUUCUUCGGAAGCAUCAUCUUCAUGUAUGUGCGGCUGAAGAAGAGCUAUUCACUGACUCUCGACCGCACGCUUGCUGUAGUCUACUCCGUACUCACACCCCUGGCCAACCCCGUUAUCUACAGUCUGCGCAACAAGGAGCUCAUUCAGGCCAUCAAGAGGACUAUCUUCAGAAGGGGCGAGAAAGCCAGUCCAACUCUCCUUUGA